AUGGUCGAGGAUAGGGACUUCGACGAAGAUCCUUUCUCAUCUCCAUCGCCUGCCCAAAAUCCGAUGGGACAAGCUGCACCUACUCGAUCUCGCCGAGCGCAAUCCACCCCCGGCUAUUCAUUGCUUGCACCGCCUCCAGCGACCCCUAGCGGCUCUUUCGAGGCGACCCAUACUCUAGAAAGCAGCCCGCUUUCCAAUAUGACCCCGCUACCGGCCUCUGGCCUGGGGCAAUGGACAGCCCAGAUGGAAGGCCGGCCUACGUCUCUACCAAUGUUACCGUUCACGACCCGAGGAUUUCGCAACCCCGAUGCGGUUCCGGCUUUCCAUCGGUUUGAGACAACCAUCUCAGCAAAUCUCUCCUUCGGCAUUCGGUUCAUGUGCGACGACUACGAACAUUCAGGGGUAAACUUCGGUUUAGCUGCGCUGCAGAUCCUACUCACACAGCUCACUGGUACCGACGACUUCGUGAUCGGCCUAGGUCGAGCUUUGAAGGGCAAGGGCGAUACUAUGCCAGUGCGUUUCAAGGGCGACUCGCAACACACCUCCAACCAACUCUUAGAGCAGACUAAGGCGUCCAUGGACGUGUCUAGACGGUAUCUUCAUGUACCAGUCAAGAACUUGUUAUCCGAGUUGAACAUCUCGAAGCAGACACUUCUUCAUCAAGUCACCUUUGACUGGAUCGCUAGUGCCUAUCCGACCUCUCCGACUACCGAUAUGUACUUCGAGCAUGCUCAAGACCUCGUCUUGAUUGUACGCGAAGACCUCGACCGCAAUCUAGUCGUAUUCGUUGGCCUUGACGAGAAGACGUAUGACAAAGAACAUGCUGAAGUGGUGGCGGGGAUGUACAUCCAAGCAAUGGCGCAAAUGGUCGCUCAAAACCAGACUACUAGCAUCAUCGAUAUGGACCUUAUACCCCAAAAAGAACGCGAGCAAGGCAUGGCGCACGGCGCCGGACCCGAGCACCAAGUCUCCUUCAGCAGCAUUCUCGAGAAGCUUCAGGAGAUCGCAACAACGACGCCCGAUCGUGUCGCUGUAAAGGAUGAACAAAACCAAAAGAUUACCUACGUCAACCUCAUACGUCGCGCGGUCGCCAUGUCUUCCGAUUUGAAGAAGCACGAAGUCGCUCGUGGUACUCCUGUGUGCGUGCUCGGUCCACCAACCGUCGAUCUUCUUUGCAGUAUCGUUGCGAUAUGGUGCGCUGGCGGUGUUUACGUUCCAAUCGACUACCGCCUAUCCGUCGAUGACAAUCUUCCUAUCGCUAAGAACUCCGACACUAUGUUUUGCAUCGUCAGCACGCCAGAUCUAGUUGACUAUGCAUUGAGACUCCAACUUGGUACCGUAUUCUUCUGCGGCGACAUGGUCUUCACGGAAGGUUUCGACAACAUCGAGGAACCGCUGCCAGACGAUCUUGCUGUGGGACUGCAUCUUCCGUCGUCCGAUGGUCUGCCAAAAGGCGUCGUUUUGACCCACGAGAAUUCGAAGGUGCUUGUGGCUUCCACUGCCUACUACUUCGAAGAAGAGAAACCGAUCGUACUGCAGCACAGCAACUGGACGUCGGAGAUGUCGCUCUUCCAGAUCUUGUUCGCCCUAACGUCUGGAGGCACACUCUUCGUAGCCGCAGACUCAUCUCCCGCCAAUGUGACCAAAGUCAUGGUGCACCAGAAGAUCACCACUACUAUUGCUACACCAUCUGACUACUCACUUUGGUUCCAACAUCCUCGUCACAUGCUCAAGGAUUGCAAAUCUUGGAAAUUCGCGUUGAGUGGCGGAGAAAACAUCUCAUCGAGCGUUAUUCGCAACUUCACUGAGCUUCAACUCGACAACCUGGAGCUUGCAAGCUUCUACGGAGCGACUGAGACGACAAUCGCUUCCUCCAUGAGCUUUGUCGACUACAAGGCAUACGCGAGCAACAAAGAAGGCCAGCUCAUCCCUGUGGGAACCGCGUUGCCGAACAACCACAUCUGGGUAGGCGACCAUCUGGGCAGACCACUUCCUGUAGCUUGA